AUGACACGAUUCGUACUACAACCGCAGUUAAAUUGUCUUGAAGGAGGGGAUGGAAUUGGCCACCCCAAUGUGGGUGGUACGGGGCACUUCGCCAUACAGCCGAUCCGCUCAAGCUGGUUUGUGACUGUUGCAUAUUGUGCAGGAGUCCUCGCAGUGGCGUAUUUCUGCUAUACACAUUCGCCACUGUACUCAGAGUCAGCCAGGCACGCGUUAGACCCAAGCAGAGCCAAAUUCGAGUAUCUGCAGUUCCCCUCAGCGCUCAAUGAGGAGAACCCGGCGCAUAUGAUCGCCGUGAAAGUGCACAACGAGAUGGUGUCGGUAGAGAAUGAGUACUUGCACCACAUGCGAGCUCAAAAAUACAACAACCCGGAGGCUG